CGAGCAGUUAUGGAUGAAAUGGAGUUUCGACGCCUUCUGGAUCUUUUCCCCGUUGUUCGAUCUCGCGAUUAUCAAGCAGAGUUGGAUUCUUCAAGACAAUCAACUUCACUCUCAGCCCAGGAUGAGAAGGUAAAUGAGUGGGAAGAUGCUUGGAAUGAAGAAGAUAAAAAGCAGAUGGACAGUCAAGAUGCAUUUUGGCAGAAGCUAAAACUGGCAGCUGGGAGGAAGGUAAGUGCAGCUGAUGCAGAAAAGUUUUGCCAGGCUUUUCAACAAUUUCACAAGAAACUUGUCUAUGACGGACUAAAUUUGGAUGCUUCUAGGAGCUACAUCAACUCAUCAAAAAGUUUGAAGGAUUAGUUUUUUCCUGUACUUUUAGAAUGUUUUUUAAACAGGAUUGCUGAAUAUUUUGGUUUUUAUAUUAAAUUGCAAUAUUAAUCCAUCAUUUUUGCCUUCUGCC